GAGGAAUGCCCUACUAGGCCUUGGAAGUCAGCCUUUCGGCGUCGGAGCAAGAUCAAGGUAGGCUGGUGUUUUAGACCUUCUGACCUCAGAAACUUUGCGCAUCCUCAUACAACCGAACUUCUCCGUACUUCAAGUUUGUCCCGUCGCGUGUGGAAACCCAAUGACUGACACAUAGGAAUGUUGUGGAUAUAUUCAAGGUUUCGUCGUCAUCCAAACCCGUAUAUAUUAUCAAGAACCUCUUCACUUGCCACUAAAUCACAGCCUCUUCGCAAGACUUUCACCAACAAAGGGUAACACUUUGCAUUCGAGUUCUACAAAUACCACUAUCAGACCAUAUGGCGACCCCACGUGUUAGCAUCGCCUAUCAGGAGCCCUUCUUGGACAAUCAGCAAUCAUACGAUGAUAGCUUCUUUCUCCAGUCCCUCGACAACGAGGACCCUGGCCCUACUUCGGCCUACCUUGAUGCCUGGCCUGGUCAAACUGAAAUACGAGGCCUUCAAUACCCAACAUACUUGAACGACUUCUCAUUCGGGGACGCUUCGUAUCAGGAUCCAUACGACAAUGCAGCCCCAGUCUCUUUUGUUGCGCCAUCUCAAACACAGAUGGUGUCGUCUCCGCAACAAAGGACGUGCCCGGUAGAUACACAGGAGUACUUCGUAAACAAUCGGUUCCCGUCCGCCCCUCAGGACAUGGGGCAAAGUGAGCCGGACCGAAGGCUUGGUGCAGCGCCUCGAACCAGGGCGUCACCUACCAUCACUCCGACCAACUUGGCUCCCCGCACGUCAACGGAACAGGCAUCGUCGAGAUCGAACAGUAAGCCAGGCAGCAAAUCCAGGGACGAUAGGCGACCCAAAGUGACCAGGACUCGCAGCAAGCGGAGUCAAUCGGACUCUUCCUGCGAAGAAGACUCGGCCAAUCUCAAGGCCAAGCACAACCACUCGGUUAUCGAGCGUCGGUAUCGUGACAAUCUGAACGGAAAAAUCACCCACCUCCACCGCACCUUACAAGCUGUAGAGGCCAACUCUCGUCUCAUUGGCUUCGAUGGCCAAUACUCCGACCCUGGCAGAAGAGUCCGAAAAUGCGACAUCAUGAUCAAAGCAAUUCACUACGUCCACCAGUCGGAAGUUGAACUCCGCCACAUGACCGAGGAGAUCCAGCACUUGCAAGAGCGAGUCCGGGGGCUCGAAAAGCUUGUCAAAUGUGAAGAUUGUACCUUGCUUCAAAACCUGCGGAGGCUGCAGCUGGAGAAGACCUAUUGACAUGGGACUUUUCCUAUUCGAAUACAUGCUCUGGCGGUCGUGCUUCUGUAUUAGCGUAGGCGUCUGGCUACCUACGCGAAGCGUAUGGAAUACAUUUAUAUGGCGGCAAUACUGAUUUAAGUCACCCAGAAAGCAAGGGCUAUAAGCGAGAUGUCGCGAAAUACUCGCCUUCGACCGGAAAGUGUCAACAUGAGAGAGGCAACAUGAGAGGCGCACCACUUGCAAUUGCUUGUAUGUUGAUCAGCAACACAGCAACCAGUUUCACGAGCACCCAUGUAUGACGCAAACACGGAAAUUUGCAGUCCUGCUUAGUCGACAUGUCAAAAUUGUGUCGCUACUAGUAUCCACGAGAUAUCGCUCGCUCCUGGUUCUGCUCUACAAUGCUUCUGCCCUUUCUCCCUGUGGUCUUACCUAGGACACGUCCAACCCGGCACCCUUCUUGGAUGACCGAACACGAAUGGGCCUACCUCCUGUCUGAUUACCAAAAAGCCACCAGAAGCAAGAGAGACCACUGAGUGAACAUUGCAACAAAACUAAGUCCCGAAGAGGCUUUUGCUCGGCUGGCUGUCCUCGUUUGCCCUCAGAAAAAGUAUUGCCAGAGUCCGUCCACAUCACACCAUCAGGACCCCACCGCCCGCAAGCGACUACCAGAAACGUUUUGCGCCCCGAUCGAGUUUGGAUUAGAGUUUGGGGGUCCCUAGAGACCCUGGAAGGCGGAAGGCCAGUGAGGCAAGGAGGCAGCAUCCCGAAGGCUGGUGAGGCUUAACUGACAGUAGCUGCUAACUUGAUGCCUCUGGGGCUGCGGCUAGCGACCGAUCAUGACGACUCGGAAGACUCCGCGGAGUUUGCUUUUCCACCACACGCAACUUGUUGCAGAGACUCACUUCGCUAAGAAGCAGCCUCACCAGCCCUGCCCCUGCAUCUCUUCCCUGUUGGGAUGUGCUGUGCUGUGCUGUGCUGUACUUGUGCAUCACAGUACUCCGUACACGGCCAUCCUUUCUCCGUGCUAGGCCAGAUCCUCAUGUUGGCAAGCCACGAACCCCCACGUGUAGUUCCAAAAUUCCCCUAACAGCUCGAGUAUAUGUUGACUUGUUCCCCCUUCACCGAGCCGUUGCAGAUGCGCUCGUUUGGCCCUGCUUCUGUACUUCUGGAGAAACCUGACUCACAUAGCAGAGCCUGCACCGACCACCAUUGAAAUCAUAAUGGCAUGACAAGCUCAGAACCAUCCCUCGUCUUCGUCCACUGAGCCAUCGAAUUCGAUCGUCCAUUUUGUCUGCUGAUUUUGGCAGCGCCAGACGUACCAUGGCAUGAUUGCGUACGACAGCACCGCCAGCGCAUAUACCGGACCGGCGAUGGCAUCGCGGGCCACGAAAUAUACUCGGAUCCCGUUCCACCAUCCUCCCUGUAAGACUGCCGUUGUCGCGAGUUCGACACCCACAAGCCACAAAAGGGCAAGUGUCCCAAUCAAGACCGGAGUAAGAUAUUGGUUGUUGGUGCCUUUCUUUUGUUCCAAUCGGUUAAUGGUGAGCUGCGCUGAUUGCCAGAUGACAAAGAGCAUGAGCGGCAUUUCAAGGAGUUCUGCAUAGCGUGUGCCUAGAGUUGGCUGUAAAAAGGGUACGCGUGCCGAUCCGAAGAGGGCUCCGAACAUGAAGACUAUCGCAAAGUAGAAGAACGACAGUCGAAGAGCUUGUGUGAGUAUUGUGUUUGUAGCCAUUGAGGCAGCCAUUGGUUUGUUCAGUUUUAUUUUGUUCAGGUUGAGGGUCGAUGGUACUGCGGUGUAGCAAAUGCUGUCCGGAUACCUUUAUCUGAAUUUUCAUGGCGUGACAUUUGCUCAAAUUCUUGCUUACCUCAAUGGAUUGUGAUCAUAGGCAACAGAUGGUCGAACU